AUGGUUCCGCUUUUGAAAGGCUUCCGCGCUAGACAUCCUGGAAAAGUCAUAUGGUUCUCCAUCGCAGCAAAUUAUCUUGCAGCUGAUAUGCUUCACCUAAGUUUCUACUACAUGCCAAAUUUACGCGUCGAAUACCUGAAUGGGCGGAUGCGGCCGAGCUUCUCAUCAAACACUGUGCCAAAUAUGCACCAUGUCCAAUACAACCUUGACGGCGAUCCCGCUUUGCCAUUUCCAGCGGCUCUCCAGGAAGGAGUUACUGUAUACAAGCGCCUUGUUUACCUGGGUGUCUCCAUCUGA